GCCUAUGGAGGUAUCGAUAUCGAUAAGCGUCAUGAAAGGCUGAGAAAUCUCGGAUUGAGAGGUCUGGGUCCAAAAGCUAAAUCUGAAAAGACACCAACACCUUCGAAAGCAAAAACUGGAGGAAGUACUACAGCAGAUGAGGGUACGAUCGAAGAAGUGAAUCAAAGGGAAGGAGUUGACGAGUUCUUGUUCAAUGGUGAUAUGAUCCUCACUGACGAACAGCUUGCUGCAUUUGAGAACGAACUGGGAAAUCAAACUCGACAGAAACGUCAAGUUGCCACAUACGCCACACGCUGGACCAACAACAAAGUUUUCUACUAUUUUGACGCCACUAUAACCACUGCUAAUCAAGCAUACGUAAGAAAACAGCUCAAAUAUCUCAGUGAUAGAACUUGUAUCACAUUCGUGGAAGACGCCACCGCAACAAAUCGUAUAAAGGUGUUUGAUGGAGCAGGAUGUUAUUCGUCGGUAGGAAUGAGAGGAGGCGAACAGAGUCUAUCGCUAACUAAUGGAUGCUUUGUUGUCGGUACUGUGGCCCAUGAGUUCAUGCACGCUCUUGGUGCAUUGCACAUGCAAAUGCGGCAUGAUAGGGACACGUACAUUAGAAUCGAUUUGACGAAUGUGCCGCUCCAUGUAAUGGUCUUACAACAACGGCCAAAUGCGUUAAUGGAGGAGUGCCCAAUCCACGAGCCUGCACAACAUGUAUCUGUCCGAAUGGCUACGGUGGAACUCUCUGUGGACAGCGAGGUCUGCUGUUCUGGACAAUUGAACCAGAUCCGUGCCAGCAACAUCAACCCGACACCGGUCGUCACCUACAGUCUCUACUAUGCUUCCACAUUUACAUAUCAGUAUAGAUAUGUUUGA